AUAAAUUUAUUCAUUAAAUACAAGAAUGCAUUAUAUUUCUUUCAUAAUAAUUUUAUCAUUAAUUAUCAACGAAUCGUAUUCUGAUCAAAUUGAUAACGAUGAAAUCGAGUGUAUUCCACAUAACUCGACUCACAUGGAUUUAACAUGGGAACGAUAUAAAGUAAAAUUUCAAAAAACGUAUUCCAGUUUAUUAGAAAGGCGUCGUAAAAAGGCAUGGAUCGAAAACUGUAAACAUAUUUAUCAGCAUAAUGCCGCAGCGGCAAAAGGUACACAUUCGUAUACUUUACGGCCGAAUCAUUUAUCAGAUUUGACGAAUCAUAAUUAUCAUCGUCAAAUGAUAAAAUUAACAAAAAGUCGGCGUCGAAAAUUGUCAAUGGAUGAAGAAAUUGUUGGAUCAACUCAUGGUCAUAUAGAACAUUUACCUAAAGAGAUUGAUUGGCGUGAAAAAGGUUUCAAAACUCCCCCAGUUGAUCAACGGGAUUGUGGUUCAUGUUAUGCUUUUAGUAUAGCUCACAUUUUAGAAGCACAGCUUUUAAAAGAAACAGCAAAAUUGGUACCGUUAAGUGAACAACAAAUUAUUGACUGCAGCACUAAAAGUGGUAAUUACGGAUGUAAUGGUGGUAGUUUACGCAAUACUUUACGGUAUUUAACUACAAUUGGUGGUAUUGAAGGUGCCGAAGAGUAUCCAUAUGAAGCAAAGUCCAAAAAAUGUAAAUUCGAUCGAGGUAAAAUUGUUACUAACGUCACUACAUGGUCAAUUUUACCAGCUAGGGAUGAACAUGCAUUGCAAAAAACCGUAGCCAAUGUAGGACCUGUGGCUGUUUCAAUUAAUGCAAGUCCUAAAACUUUUCAACUUUAUCACAGAGGGAUUUACAACGAUGACCAAUGUUCUUCAAACAGUGUGAAUCAUGCAAUGAUUAUUGUGGGUUAUACAAAAGACGCAUGGAUAUUGAAGAAUUGGUGGGGUGAACAUUGGGGUGAAAAUGGUUAUAUGAGAUUACGUCGACAUAAAAAUUUAUGUGGUAUAGCUAAUUAUGUUGCAUAUGCGAAAAUUAUUAAUUAA